AUGACAGUAAUUUUGACUGACGAAGAGGCCAGAAUAAGAGCAGAAAGAUUGAGACGCGACCAUGAUCAACUGGAGAAGCUACUUGAUCGAGCAGAAAAGUACAUUCGCCAGCUUGACCAAACGAAAUCGACAGAAAACCUCUCGAUGCCGCUUCCCACGCCAAUGUCAGUAAAACUCCUGUCCGACGAGCGCCCGAUCAAAAGUCCAACACCAUCAUAUCGAAGCGAAACGAAAUCACCAGCGCCAGAUAUCAGGAAUCAAAUUAUGUCGCCGACAGAACGCAUGAAGCAAAUUACAAUCGACACGGACUCGGAUUCGCAAUCGAGUUUUUCGCAAAGCAUUCAUCUUUCUGGAAGAGACAAUUUUCAGAAAACUCCCGACGAAUUAGCCACGAGCGCUCAACGACUCUCGAAAGAGUCCGCGAAGUCGACUGAUUUUUCCGAAAAGACUGAGGCGUCGGAGAAAACCGCCUCCAAAGCUGUUUCUAUCGCUUCCCCAAGAUCGACUGGCAGCAGCAAGAAGCAAGUCAGCGUUCGAAUCGCCUCGCCAGCAAGCGAAAGUCGAGCGACUAGUCAAAGACCGAGCUCGAGAAAAUCAGGAUCAAAGUCGCCAAGUGUUUUGAAAUCUUCAACACGAUCUUCCAAAAGCUCUGGAACAAAGAGCCCGAAGCCGAAGCCAAUGCGCCAGAUGGAAGUGAUGCUAAUCCCUUCCGACUCAGAUAGCGACUGGAGCCAGCUUGCUGGCCCUUCUACAAGCAAAGCCAGCAAAGCAAGACUAGCCGCGCAAACCAGACAGAAGCCAGCGAACAAAUCGUUCAACUCUGUGAUGAACGCGCUCGACGAUGAUGAUUCCUUCCAAUUUGAUUGA